AUGCGGUUUGGUACUAUCCUUAGUGCCUUCGCUACGUUGGCUACCGCGUCUCAUAAGGCUGCUACAUUUACUGUUCUACGUUUCAAUGGUCAUAAGCCUCUAACGGAGGGGCGAAUGGAUCCAGUUGUUAGUCCCGGAGUUGCCUCGCACCACUACCAUAUGAUCCAGGGUGGUGAUGCCUUUGAUCUUACUAUUGAGGGAGACGAUCUGCUCAGGAAUUCUAAGUGUACCACUGCCAAAAUUGCGCGUGACUUCAGUAAUUACUGGGUUCCCCAACUCUUUUUCGCAAAGGAUGGCAGCUUUCAAAAGGUAAGCAUGUAUUACAUGAACGUCUAUUACUUUUUCGACAAGACUCACGACGAUCUUGUCCCUUUCCCACCAGGGUUAAAGAUGCUCGUCGGCGACGCCAACAAACGAGACCCUCCUACGGGUUACAGCAUCCAGCUCGAUCCCAACAUGCCUCACUUUAAUAAUAUCCAGUUCACUUGUCCGGCCUCGAACUACAACGCCCCCGCUUACCCCCCGGACUCUGACGGGAGCCGGGCUGGCAUCCCGGACCCUCAAAAUCACGGCGCCGGAGUCGGUUUUCCUGUCAAGAAGUGUAAUGGUUACGCCUCACCUCUCCGUCAGGAUCUUCACUUUCCCUCCUGCUAUAAUCCUGCGUUCAGCCUUGAUGAUUACCGCAAGAACAUGGAAUGGCCAAAGGACGUUGGGAACGGCUACAAAGAUUGCCCUGAGGGCCACAUCCAUGUCCCCCGUCUCUUUUUUGAGGUCUACUGGAACACACCCGAAUUUGACGAGCAGUGGAUUGAGGAUGGUAUGACACAGCCCUUCGUUUUUGCCAACGGGGAUGUGACUGGCUUCAGCUCUCACGCCGACUUCAUCUCAGGCUGGGACCCCGACACCCUUCAAGCCAUCAUAAAUACCUGCAACACUGGCACCGCGGGCAUGGACACUUGCCCGCUCAUCCUGGGCGGUCUUAGUACCGACCAGAACUGCAACCUUGAGCCUCAGAUUCUCGAGCCGUUUGACUUCUUCAAUGCAGGAGUACAUGAGAAGUUCAGUUCGCUGCCCAACAAUGUCACACUCUCCGGUUGGAAUGUCGGCAACCAAGCUGUGAACGAUGAUGCGUCAAGUGCUGCUCACGACAACAGCCAAGCCAGAAAAAGCAGCUCUGCUCUUCAGUUACCUAGCUCUCGCCAGUUUCCUGCCCAUUCAUCUGCACCUGUGGCCACCACUGCUCGAGAGCUCAGGUCUACUCUCCUCAAGCGAGUCCGACUUCCGCUCAGGAUAGGUAUGCGACAAAAGACUGUGGUAUUGCUACCGUGA